GGGCAGUAGUGCAGUUAGCAAGUGCAGUGUCACGUUGUUACAAUCGUUAUGAAGGUUUCUCUGCUGCUAUUGGUGUACUGCUUGGCUUGGGUAGUAUGUGAUGAACAGCCUGACUACUCUUACGGCGCGGGAGUUGCGGAAUGGGGAAACAUAAGCUCGCAGUGCGAGGGGCGGUUGCAAAGUCCAAUCGCUCUGUCGACCACAAGAUCCAUUCCAGCCGCUGAACAGCGACCACUGGAAUUGUUGGGUUAUCAGGAGGAUCCAACUCAAGUGAACGUAACGAACGAUGGACAUACAGCCGUUUAUUCAUUCCAAUACCCGAACGAUCGCACGAUAAUUGCACAGGGUGGCCCUCUGCGGGGUCGUUUUCGGUUUGCCAGUCUCCAUUUCCAUUGGGGAGCCAAUUCUGCGCGGGGAGCAGAGCACGUGGUUGACGGACGUCGAUACGCCAUGGAGAUGCAUCUAGUUUUCUUCAAUGAGAUGUAUGGAUCGUUUAUGGAAGCUCAAGAUCAGACAAACGGUCUAGCAGUACUGGGAAUAUUUUUCGCUAGCAGUGCCGAUGCACCCUACUACGGUUGGGUUCCGGCACUGACUGAGGUUCAACAAGCGCAAACCAGCUAUACCCUACCCGAUCCAACGGUUUUCAACAUCAAGGGGCUUAUCGGAGCAAGAAGGAAACCUUACUUUUCCUAUCAAGGAAGCUUGACAACUCCUCCGUGCUACGAAUCGGUCACCUGGCUCGUACAGAAGAAACCCCUACAGAUGUCCGAGGAACAGCUUAAUGUGUUUCGCUCGCUGCGAGACAAUAAUGGUAAUCCUCUGGUCGACAACUAUCGUCCGCUGCAGAAUGCCAACGGAAGACCAGUUUAUUAUUAUUCCAAUGGGUUAUCAUAAAAUCUACGAUAACUCCCAGUCACCACUUUGAUGAGGUUUUCCGAAUAUAGUUUGCAUAGGUAGUA